ACGACGGGGAGGUGAGAGAGUCGAUUGAGGGAGAUUUUGGGGGAAUUUGUAAAACCCUAAAACCUCUCCGUGGUGCGAUGCUUUAGUCUUUUGAGUGCCGUCCUUGGAGUUGCUUGAUCUUCCUUCGUUUCGAUCUCGAUUCUUUGGUGGUUAGUCCGAUGAAGGGUUCUAGUGUUUCUGCUCUCGCGAUUCCGGUUGCAGUAAUUUUUUCCUAGGUUCUCUCUGAGCUCCCACAGUUAUGGUACCUGAAAACCAAGCCAAUAUUCUGAGUUGCUGUCCUUUACAGUUUCCCACCAUGUCGACUGAAGAAAAUACUUUGCCAAGAAAGUUGAAGUUCAAAAUAACUACCAAAGGUAUCCGUAAUGCUUCAGAAGAUAAGUCAUCUCAGGAGACCAUGAAGGUUGUUCAAGAGAAAGGAGACAGGUCUGCUGCAGGUGGAAAGAAUUGUCCUGACAUAAUUCCUCCUGGAAAGCCAAACUUGCCUGCAAAGUCUUGCAAGAGGAAGCUGGAGACAUCUCUUGAUGCUCAGCAGGGGAAAAGGCAGAAGAUGGACCGAGGUUUGAAACAAACGUGCAGCAGCAUUUUGAAAGAAUUAAUGAAUCACUCUGGAGGAUGGAUUUUCAGUGAACCUGUUGAUCCAGUGAAGCUGCAAAUUCCUGACUAUUUUACAGUAAUCACACACCCAAUGGAUUUGGGAACCAUUAGAUGUAAAUUGGAGGGCAAUAAAUACUAUGGUGCUGAAGAGUUUGUUUCUGAUGUGAGGCUGACAUUUUCCAAUGCAGUCUUGUAUAAUCCUCCAGGGAACCAAGUUCAUCGUUUGGCCAAGUUAUUGGAUGGUAUUUUCGGUAGGAGAUGGAAGUCUGUGGAGGGAAAACUGAGAAACAUGGACAAGAAAGUUGAACAGCCCAGUUUGGUUGAUGAUGUCAAUAAAAAUGUCCAAACUGCCAGGAAGACCAACGAAAAGAAUUGCCAAAGCACCAAACCUACUAACCUUGAGAAAGCUCCUCUGCGCAUCAAACUUGGUGCCUCCAGGCCUAUCAUGGUAGACAAGAAACAAAAAUUCAGGACAGAGUUUUUGGAAUUAUUAAACAGAAAGCUCACUGGAAGUAUGAAGAAUUUGCUUCAGAAGUAUGAUCUGGCCAAUCUUAAUGAAGAAAGGCUCAACUCCUUUAUUAAUUCAACUAGUGAAGAAACUUUAUUGAAGUUAAGAAGAGAUAUUCAACCUCUUUUGGAUACCAAAGCUGAAAAGGCCAGACCUGCGACUCUAGUGCAUGGUGGACCUUCCUCAUUGAAGAGACCUGUUCAGAAAGAACGUCGUAAUAAGGAUGCUUGUGAUUCCACUGGAAAUAAAGUUGUUUCUGCUGAAGCUAAAUGUUCUUCAUGUUUUAACUUUACAUGCCACUGCCAAAGAAAAAAUGGUUCUCAAGCAUCCACUAGUGGAAUAUCUUCAGAAAGAUCAUCAGAGCAUGACCACUGUGGUGAUUCCAAACUUGAUUCUGAGGUAAAGCAUCGUGUGCUAUGCCAUUCAAGCAGCUUUGGUGUAGAUUCAGAUGGACCUGGAGUUGUUCUUAAUGAAGAAACUAGCCCUCGACAUUCAACACCAGUUGCAGCUUCUACUUCUCUUGAAGGUUGGAAUUCCUUCAAUCCUCAGAUGUCACCCAACAAGGCUUUGAGGGCUGCAAUGCUGAAAAGCCGCUUUGCAGACACUAUCUUUAAAGCGACACAUCAGAAAACCCUGGACAAUAAGUCUGAUCCUCUACGGAGGCAGCAAGAAAAGGCAAGACUGGAAAGAGAACAGUUGGAAGAAAAGGCCCGGAUACAAGCUGAAAUCCAAGCUGCUAAAGCAGCCUCGCAGAGGAUGCAAAUGCAACGAGAGGCAGAAAGAGCUGCUGCUAGGAGAGCAGUGGAGAUGAUGAGUAAAAGUGUUGAGAAUUACGAAAAUGCGGAACUCUCCAAGGAGCUGGACAAGCUUUGCUUUGGCUAUCCAUGUUACUCGCGGGGUUGCGGAAGUAGAGGGGACAACCCUUCGAGCCCACUGGAGCGCCUUGGCCUCUAUAUGAAAGUCGAGUACUGCGAGGAAUACGACGACGAAGAUGCAGCCUUGAAUGGAGAAGAGGGAGAAAUUCUUUGAUGAGCUAUGAGCAACACAAUCUCCCCUCCACCUACCGACCUUCUCUUCAACUGAGAAUGUUAUUAAAUAGUGUAUCCAGUUUUGUUUCUUCAAUUGGGAUUGGGAUUGGGAUUGGGAUUUGAGAGCAACUUUUUGUGUAGGUAAACAAACCCCUUGUAUUCUUUUAUUACUAAUCCAAGUAGAAAUAUGUUUGGUGCAA